AUGGAGAUGAUGAAGGUGGAGAUCAUCUCUAAAGAGACGAUCAGACCGUCCUCUCCGACCCCCGCCCAUCUCCGGCGCUUCGCCUUGUCCGCCUUCGACCAGUUUGCUCCUCCUGUUUACAUCCCGCUGGUCCUCUUCUACGCCAACGCUCCUUGUGAUGGACCUGAGAGCCGUGAAAUACUGGGGCGGAUGAAGCGGUCGUUGUCGGAAACCCUAGCUCGUUUCUACCCCUUUGCAGGUAGGAUCGUGGACAACGUGUGCGUUGACUGCACGGACGAGGGUGCGGACUAUUUCGAGGCUCGAGUGACGGGGAUCGGCCUUAAGGAGAUCCUGCAGUUGCCGGACCCGGAUGUGCUGAAGCUGUUCCUUCCCGUGGACAUCGAGUCGCCGGAAUCGUUCCACGGUCGUUUGGUGUCUGUCCAGUUGAGCUUCUUCAACAGCGGAGGAGUGGCAGUUGGGGUCUGCUUGUCGCACAAGAUUGCCGACACAUCGACCCUGAGCUCGUUCCUCCACAGCUGGGCCGCCGUGGCUCGUGGCGGAGGCUCCGUGGCCGAGCUGCCAGUUCCAGACUUGAGUACCGCCUCGACUCUCUUCCCCUCUUCCGAGGCUCUCAGCAGCCUCCGCCCGGUGAAGAUGAUGAAGCAGAAGUGCCAGUCGAGGAGGUACGGCUUUGGGGCCUCAGAGAUUGCGGCUCUCCGAGCUAGAGCGGCGAGCGCGACCGCCGCUCAGCCCACUCGCGUGGAAGCCAUUUCGGCCUUCAUAUGGAAAUGUGCGAUGGAAUCUGCUGCGUCCUCUGGACGCUCUCUUCUCGCGCAAGCCGUGAACAUCCGAAAGAGAACAGAGCCGCCGCUCCCGCCGAGCUCUGUCGGAUGCUUGAUCAGCUACUUCACAGCAGAAGUAGACGAAAAUGACGAGCACCAGGAGAAGGAUCUCCUUCCAUUGCUAGUGGCUAAAAUGAGGGAGGGAAUGGAGGAUUUCUUCGAAAAUAACGCGAAAAAAUUCGGCGGGUCGGAGAGCUUUUCGACGAUGUGCGAAUUGAAUAAAGCAGUCGGUGAGCUGAUGAGUACAUACGGGCCGAGCUUCUACGGGAUCACGAGCUGGUGUCGGUUCGGAUUAUACGAAGUCGAUUUCGGAUGGGGAAAGCCGGAGUGGACGAGCUUAUGCAGGUCGGAGCAGAUGAACGUGGUGGUGUUGACGGACGCCAGGGACGGCCAAGGAGCAGAGGCGUGGGUGACGCUGGGCGAAACCGAGAUGGCGGCAUUCGAAAAGCAUCAGGAUCUGUUGCGAUACGCCGCUCCUAACCCGAGCGCCUGGACCGGUCCGCACGAGCCAUGA